CGCAUUCGCUCAAUGUAUCUAUCUGGAUUACCACGCGCACAGUGUUCAUCAGCCCAAAAUGAUGUUGCUGCAGACAUACCAUGUGGCAUUGCGUCGUCUCAGCGUGCGAGUACUAACACGCAACACAGCUCAGCAAGAUUGUCGAGUUGGCACGUAUUCCGGAGGUGCGCACAUCUCUUGCUGUUCGUGAUUUAGACAAAUAGCCAGCAGUUGUGCCAACAGUGCUAGAACGGAACGCGGAUGCAGACGGUAGAGGAAGAGAAUGUCGC